AUGCUAAGUACCAAGGGAGGUAUCAUCGGCAACUCGGAUCUUCAUGCUCUCACUUCAGAGAUCGCUACGGUCGCAGCAGCAGCAGGUGUGGACACCUCCGAGGCAAAUACGACAGCAAUCGUACUUCCCCAGACACUACAAGCAAGUCAAGAUAAGCAGAAGGCUUAUGCUGUAGCAGCUUACGUUGUAUACGCAUUGGCUGGCGUCGCAUUGUUGCUUGUUUGUUUCUUUCAGAAGAAAAUUCGCAUUGCUGUUGGUAUCGUGAAGGAGGCUUCGCGUGCCAUGCAGAGUCUACCACUGCUGGUGUUAUUCCCGAUUAUUCCAUUCGUAAUGCUGCUGAUAUUGUUCGCAUAUGCGGCUAUCGUCGGGGCGUACAUUUACAGCUCAGGAGAGAUGCAGUUAGCUUCACUGGCAGGAGAACUUGCGGACCAGGCUGGACAGAACAUAACCACAGAAGCGACUACGACUUUAAACAAGGUGAACCCCGACCAAACAAUGAAAUUACUGGUAGCAUACCACUUCUUCGGCUUCUUGUGGACAGCUCAGCUCAUUAAUGCAAUAAGUAUGUGCACAAUAGCUGGUGCUGUGAGUCGCUACUAUUGGAGUCGCAACAAGUCCAGCGAGGAAAUGGGACGUUUCCCUGUGCUUACAUCGUUCAAGAACUGCUUCCGUUACCACUUUGGGUCACUCGCGUUCGGGUCUUUCAUUAUUGCAGUGGUGCAAUUUAUCCGAGCGGCACUGCUGUAUCUGGAUCACCAGACGAAAGAUCUCCAGCAAUCCAAUCUGGUUCUUAAGGUGGUUAUGAAGAUUGUGCAGUGUUGUUUGUGGUGUCUGGAAAAGUGCCUGCGCUUUUUAUCCAAAAACGCUUACAUCCUCAUCGCCAUGAAGGGCCACAGCUUCUGUGUGUCAGCCAAGGAUGCGUUCAAGAUCUUACUGACCAACAUUGCACAGGUCGGUGCCGUAUCGACCGUGACGUUUUUACUAUUAGGUGCUGGCAAGUUGGCUGUCGCACUGAGCUGUGCCAUCGCAACUUUCGCCUACUUAGAAAAGAACACCGACGACUAUGGCGUCGGCGGAGAUCACGAGCUAUCAUCUCCCUUAGCUUCGAUCCUGGUGGCACUACUGCUUGGCUGGUUCGUUGCUUCGACCCUUCUUGGCGUCUACGAGAUGGCUAUCGAUACUAUUCUGAUGUGCUUCUGUGAGGACAAGGAGCUCAAUAAGGAGUCGGCUCAAUAUUUUAUGAGCGAUUCGCUAAAGAAGUUCGUUGCCAAAGUUGCUCAGACAGAAUCGCCAAUCGCCAAAAUUCAGGUCGAUGAACGCUAG